AAGCCCUUUUUUUUUCAUUAACGUGUUCGUAAGGUAUUACGCAAGAGGAGAUGCUGAAAAUGCAAUGCGGUACAUCAACGGGACCAGGCUUGACGAUAGGAUCAUAAGGACGGACUGGGAUGCAGGAUUUAAGGAGGGCAGACAGUACGGUCGUGGAAGGUCAGGGGGCCAGGUCCGAGAUGAGUAUCGGCAAGACUACGAUGCUGGAAGAGGUGGCUAUGGCAAAACUGUUCAAUGCCAGUGA